UCAAGGGCCGGUCCGUAGAUAGCAAAAUUAUUAUAAGAAAUUCAGAUUCAGAAUGAAUCAAGCAGGCGUAGUGGCUUGUUGCGCCGUUUGUAAACAGCAAACUCAUCGUAGAUGUGCUCGCUGUCUUAUCGUUUAUUAUUGUAAUACUGAACAUCAGAGAGAGGAUUGGCGGAGACAUAAAAGUAAGUGCGCACCCAAGUUGCAAAAACAAGGCUCUCGAAACGGCAUAGUAGCCGAAUUUCCGCCUGUCAGUUCUGAAGAUCUAAAGAGAUCAACUUCUGAAAAUCUUAAUAUUUGUGUAUUAGAAAAACAGGACAAAUCUAAUGAAAAGACGUUGGCCAGUGAAUGUAGACAUACGAAAAAGAAAACUGGAAAAAGUUUGAGAAUAGAGGGUAGUGAAUCUAGUCUUGACACUAAAAGUGAAUCUAAUUGUUUAAACUUUAAAAACGAAGCCCUUAGUAGUAAAGAAGUUUUAAAAAAUAGUGUAAUCUCAAGUGUAGUGUAUACAAAUAAAGACUUGUCAAAAGUAAGUGCCAUAACAUAUGAAGGUUCAUCAGAACAAGAGAUUUUAAGUGAGAAAGCUCAGCAAUUAAACACAGUGGAGUUUUCGGGAACAACAGAUGUUUUGUCUACUGUGAAGAGUGAUGUAAAGAUGCCUGAACUACCUCGAGAGCAUCAAAGCAAAAUUAAAGAGUAUCCAGAAGCUUCAUUAAAAGGCAGCUCAGCACCAUUUUCCAAUAUGGUGAAUAGCUAUUAUAUGGAUCAAACAGACCCAUCUUAUGAUAUAUGUCAAAGGGUGAUACGGGACAUGACACAGUAUGGUGUGUGUGUUUUAAACAACUUUCUUGGUAAAGAAAGAGGACUUUUAGUUCUACAAGAAGUUUUAGAUAUGUACAGAUCAGGAAUAUUUACAGCAGGUCAGUUGGUGUCAAAUCCUGUCAGAACAGAGGCUCAAACCAUACGAAGUGACAGGAUAACAUGGAUAGAUGGCAAAGAGAAACACUGUUAUCACAUAGGACAAUUAAUUAGUCAAGUUGAUAAUAUAAUUCUCAAAGCUAACAAAAUGGUUAAUAAUGGCAAGAUGGGAAACUACAUCAUCAAUGGAAGAACGAAGGCAAUGGUGGCAUGUUAUCCCGGCUCGGGCAGCCAUUAUGUGAAGCACGUGGAUAAUCCAAACAAAGAUGGCCGCUGCAUCACUGCCAUAUAUUAUCUGAAUCUCGACUGGGACGUUAAGCGAUGCGGGGGUUUGCUUAGGGUAUUUCCCGAAGGUACAAAUCAAGUGGCGGACAUAGCGCCGAUAUUCGAUAGGAUGCUGUUUUUCUGGUCAGACAGGCGGAAUCCACACGAAGUGCAACCUGCCUACGCAACUAGAUAUGCUAUCACACUAUGGUAUUUCGACUCCCAGGAAAGAGAAGAGGCACUGCGGAAGUACAAACGCGGACAGCCAUCUUCAAGCAAGUGAUGGCGGUUCGACGAGCUCGCAUUUAGCUUGAGCUCAAUUACAAAACUCCGAACAGGGUCAACACACUACAACACAAUGUCAUAUGCAUGUGUCAACGUCACAGGAAGCAAUUUAUUUUUAAUGAUACUGAAUAGGCAUAUUUCGAAUUUUCAAACAUGAUUCAUUUGCGGCCAGUAUUAUUUUAGAAUGUUUUGACACAUGCCGUACGUAAAUGACAAUUGGCUCAUAGCGUAUUUUGUCUAUGUGUGCCCAAAUUGUUUGUCCUGCCCCAAAUUUCUGCACUUAGAUUUAGGCGCGAAAAAUAAAAAGCGCUAAUGUUUUAUAUCGAAGGUUCGCCCAUAAAUUUAUUAUUUAAACAUUAUUCUAAGCAUCUUUAUGAUGAAAGUCUUAUGUAACAUUAUACAUUGAGUAUUAUAUUCAUAAUUUAGCUCAAUUCGCUGAUGUAUUCUUCUUACUUUUCUAUUUUCAUUCUAUUUUUUAGUUUAGUUCCUCCUCCUCCUCCUUAGUUUUCUUAGAUCUAUACAAGACAUCAGUGAGUUAAAAAUUCACGAGAUUUUCAAAUGUAAAGUAUUUAUUUAUUAAACAUUGAUUAUUGUUAACUAUUUAAAUAUAUAAAUAUAUGUUGCAAUAUCUUAAUUGAAGUAUUAUAAAUAAUUCUGUCUUUUAUUAAGGUAUGUUUUGGAUUUGUAAAUAUUAACAGUUACAGAGGAGUAAUGAAAUGUAUAUAUGUACUGAUUUUUAUACAUAGGAUUCUAAUUAAA